AUGAAUGAAAUCUUGGAUCGAAAUUUUUCCUCAGGAGAGCUUUCAAAAUACGGAAGAUUACCCGUAUCUGAACGUGAAGCGCAUGCAGUCCGUGAAUUGUGCUUUUUCAACUCAGUUCCUGCAAUAUUUUACUUACAAUCGUUAAAUCCCGCAUCUUCAAAAUAUAUUCUAGAGUCCCUCUCAACUUCAGUUCCUCCAUUCUUGUAUUCCCCACAAGACUCUGGCCAUAAUAACAUGAAUUUUCAACAUUUUGUAAAUUGCAUUGCCAGAUUUUUCGAUUUUGAAGUUAAUUGCGACUUAAAACUGUUAUUCCUUCAAGCUAUACGAGCAUUGCAUCCAAAUUUUGAGCUAAUUAUCGAUUAUAUCAAAACGCAAAAGUCAGAUAAAGAACAACAACUUGCCCAGCUCUUACUCCAACUAUUUAGACAUGCACCACCACUGUUCAAUGCAAUACGACAAGAUGUUUUGAAAAUUUUGGAUGUUUUCGACAAAAAUGUUCUUUUUCAAGCGAUUGGCUACGACAUUUUUGACUUCUUAGGCCUUAACAUAUAUCGCACAGAAGCAAUACCUUUCACCGACAUGGAAAGCGCAGAAAAACUAUUUGGCAAAUCGUUCGUAUUUUCAAAUCCCGAAAUUAUUCAGCGGCUACAGCAAUAUAUUUUCACGAGAUAUCCAUUUCCUACUACAACCAUUUUUGGUGGUGGCAGUAAAUUGGGCGCUUUAUUUAACACUGCCGCUGCAACGAAUCAGCACAUUAUAGAUUUAACUCUUCUUAACUCUCUGAAGCAAUACGACCUAGAGAAUGAUGAAGCAGGUACAUCCUACUUGACGUUGUUCCCUGAUUUGAAGGCAAUUGCCCUUAUUGGCUGCAUGCAUAAAAGAAUGCAGAAUACUUCAUGGAUUAUCAACAAAAUAAACUCUCUUACAACAACACCAAAGAACAUAUUUGGCGAAUUUAUGGAAAGACUUAAAAAUGACUUCGAAUUGAUUACAAAAAUCAAACAAUCAACAGGAGUGAACGUUUCCUUGGCCAAUCUUUCCGAAAAUUCUUUACCUUACAAUUUACGUAUCGCUCUGGACAACUUUAACGGCGAAAUUUUCCAAGAAACGCGGAAUGUUAAGUAUUUCACCAUAAACGACCAAGAUUCCACCGCAGAUUUUGAUUUUGUCUGCGCCUACUUCGCUGUCGGAUACGCCGUUCAGUACUUUUCUCAUCAAACAGACGACAAAAUCAAAAUCAUUGACUCAUCCAUCCGAAAUAUCGAGUCACAGAGCGUUUUGCAAGCCGUCAUUGUUGAUAUCUUCUCACUCAUAUUCCUGGAGAAGAUCGGGUUCUGCUCCAAUCCCUCCGCCGCCGAAAAAAUAAUUCCAUUGCUUCUCGAACUGACGACAUCCAACGAGCUGUCCGAGCACUUACGCAACGCACACCGCCGCAUUCUUAUCUCCAACCUCCUUGACCAGACGAACACGAUGGACUGCGCGAUGGCGUCGAUUCAGUCGAUGCUCGACCGCGCCCUGCUGAAGAAGGACUGGCAGAUCGCUGAGCAGAUAGCGCACUUGUACUCCAAGUCCGUCGACUUCUUCGAGAUAUACAGGGACACAGUGACAAAGGCAGCAGUAGAAGGAAAUCCGCAUAGAGAUCUGAUUUUGUUGGAAAAAGUGCUGACAAAAGACGAAUCUCAGCUGUUCCAGUCAAUAGAUGGAAAUAAUGUCCCACAAAAUGCUUACAAAAUAGCAAAACAAAGACUUGAAAAUGAACCUUUGGAAUUAUUCAAGCCAACUGCGGCCAUUAACGCAAUAAAUAACAAACUAUCAAGACUAACAGCCGUUUCAUGGCCAGUUACAGAGCUAAACAGCUUUUUAAGAAUGUCAGAAAAAUUAAGUUCAUUUAUUGCGUACUUAGACCAUUUAUUACCCCAGCUCUUUGCUUCCCACCCUAAUAAAACUAUAGGAGAGAUACUGGAAUUCAAUCCCCAUCGAAUUUUGUCCAAUUUAUUACACGAAGGGUUAAUUGAACAGGCAAAAGGUAUCGCAAAGCUAAUAAAUAUGGAUAUAACAGAAGCUGUUUUACUUUACAUGAGCGAUAACAUACAAGAAGCCAUUCCUUACCUCUCAGAUUAUCCAAUUGUUCAAAUUGGAGGAAUGAUUUUCAAUAAUUUACAUCCGGAUGUAAUGUAUUCAAUUUCUGUUGGCCGGUAUAUUGAUAGAAUUGAUGCACAAAAGGAAAAUCCAGUUGUUUUGGAUUCAGAUGAAAAUUGUCAGACAGGAAUCUCCCAGGAGAAGCUGGAAUCGAUGCUGAAGAUUGCUUUGGAGGCAAAUCCAAUUGAUUCUGAUACAGUUAUCGAUGUUUCUUUCAGAUUAAACUACGAAAAGUUCAAAAACACAAUUUUAGAAAUAAUUGAGAAGGUAGAUUUGGUCAAACUGAGAGAUACUUUACAAAACUGCUACUGCGGAGACGAAUUAUUCGACAGAGUCAACAUUCUUGCAAAAGUUUCUGGAAUUUGCAACCCAUAUCCACUUAAAACGAGUCUUUCCAAACUCCUUAAGGACAAUGAAUACAAUAUUGCCGCAGAAUUCAUAACAGUUUUCAGAUAUGAAAUGAAUACUAUCAAUAUCUUGAGAGAAGAAGCACUGAAUCUGCUCCACAAGAACGAAUCCAUAGACAGAAUACUUGAUCUCGUACCAGCACUCAAGACAGAGAUCAUUUCGUCGCUUCCACAAAGAUAUCAAACUUCAAUCUUGCAAGGAGCUGAGAAAUUCUUCUCGAGUAUACCAAAAACAUGGAAGAUAGAGCAAGAUCCGGCAAUUACAGCCAGAUCCAACAUAGAACAACCAGAAUUUACUCAAAUUAUGCAACAAUUUACAAAUAUUGACUGCUCAAAGGACUUAAUCUCAUAUAUAACAUCAAAACUCGCACCUACAGAUAUCCCAAUCGUGUACAAACUGCAAAUGUUGGCUGAUUUUGUCAAGAAAUACGGACCUUGUUUCAAACAGCCAUCAACGCUUGCAAAGUUUGUAGGGAAAAAUAUUUCGUCGUAUGUUGACUCGCUAAACAUCGACCAGCCGAUGAUUGAAGAAUCUGCUCUGAAAACGUUGAACAAAGCAGUGCAAAAGAUCACAGAGAUACGACAGGUAUUCCAGGAAAUGAACUCUGUUGAGCCUGCAAUCAAUGAUUUGCAAAGAAGAGUAACUUGUCUGCGAAAAUUUAUCAAUUGUAACCUUUGUAACAAGUAUGGAGUCGAAUACUCGUUCAAUGAGUUCCUUUCUAAUGAUUGCGGAAGUAAUCUGAUCAGACUUUGCUUGAAAUUUGACGAAUUUGAAUUAUCAUCUCAAAUUUCUUCGGUCUGGAACAUCGAAUGCAACGAAAUCAAGGAUAAUUAUGCCCAGAAAGUUAUAGAUCUUGGCUUAUUUGAUGAAGCACUUCGCCUGGCUGUUGACAGAAGAAAAAAGAAAUCUCAGAACACCUCUUUCAUCGUCCAAACGAUGGUCCAGCACGUCCAAUUCAAUUCCUGGGUAGACAGAGCCCUUGUGAGCGAAAUUGUUACCACAGGAAUCCCUCCAGACAUCGAGAUAUUCAUGGAUGAAUUUUUACAGCAGGAUCUGAUCAAAAAUUCUGCGGUUUUCCAAAACGUAAAAUUCGAAUCGUUUAAAUCUACGGAGUCAUUCGAUGUAAGAGCGCGGAAGAGAAAUCCAGAACGCGUCAUAAAUUCUCCGAUUUUACAAAGGAACAUGUCAAAUUUCGAUUUGAUGCAGAAACACUCACUGCAGCAAUCAUCAUCCUCGAUACUCAACGACAUUGACAUAAUUCCUCACUUUUUGUACAGAUUAAUCGGAAUUUCGAAUGCAGUUGUUGAAACAACUCCUCCACCAGAGGCCCUGUCAGCACUGGGCACAUACCUCAAAGACAAAGCACCUCCUAGCGAGCGCUGCAUCUAUUUAGUCAAAAGAAGGUCGUUUAUGAUUCCUUUCCAGUUGAUUGAGACGCAGAGGGACCUCCAGUCGAAGUGGAACUUGUUCUUCAACGCCAUAUUCAUACCCGCACUCUCGUUCAGAUCACUGGACAUGCUCAAAGACUCAAUGAAACAAAAUGAUCCUUCUCUCAAAAAAUUCAAUAACCUUCUCAAAAAGUUACUUGAAAUUUCUAAACAAAGGAAACUCAGCCAACUGAGCUUCGACAUAGAAUUGCUUCUCGGAAGAACUGAAGCAUCAUUAUACACGGCACAGGAACUUUUUGCAUCAGCGGAAACAACGAAAGAAACAAUCAGAUGUCUGGACAUGAUCGAGAGGAGUUUGUCAACGAUGGUUAUGCCAGAAGUCAAGUAUCUCGUGGAGGGAGUCCAUCUGCAGAAGAAGUUCUGCGAGAUAUGCGUUGAAAAGGGAAUAAAUGACUGCAGAGCAUUGAACAUUUUCGGUGGAAAUGAAGCAAAAAUUUCUGUCGCGUCUUUUCUACUGAAAGACUCCAAAUUCGAACUCGGAAUGAGCAUAAUAGACUACACACAGAUAAGUAUGAGAAGUGUAGCUGAAAGAUUAUGCGAUAUGCUAGUCAAUGAACAUGAAGAAACAAUUAUCGAAUUUUUAAAUGAAUUUGAGAAAAAAGUGACACAAAAAUUUUUCAGUGAAUUUAUUUCACCGAUAUUGAUGAGAACUGUUUACAUGCACAUGAACUCUCCGUUAGGAUUAGUGAUGAUAAAGACACUUCAGGAUGCAAAUUUAAGAACUUUGCUUCUGAUUCAAUUUGGAUGGACAUUGGAGGCUUUCAAUGAUGCAAAGGCAACAAAGAAUUAUGAUGUGAUGCCUUUGAUAGCUAAGGAAGCUUACCAGAAAGAACAACAAGCAAUUGUUGACGAAGCAAUGAAAAUUCUUUCAAAAAUCAAAUAA